AUGAAACAUAAACGACAAGUAAUGGUGACCCUCUUCGCCCGCGAGGGCCACUUCUUCUCCAAAAACCAAAACCAAAAUCACCACCGCCAACUCGAACACAACGACUUCCUCUGGAGUAUAAUAAUCCGUCCCAAGAAACCUCAAGGCCACGACAGUGACUGUUUCGACAUCCGCCACACAAGCUCAGAACCAGUCCGUCGCAACCAGCCCAAGCCAAAAGGAGACUGGCAGUUCCGAGCCAUCACUCAAUACGAGCCGUCUAAGGACCACCGCUUGCUGGGCCAGUUGAUGAUCGGCAAGAUUCCGCUUGAAGUCAGUCACAAUGAGAUUAUGGAACUUCUCAAGGAUAUUGCUUAUCCGCGCAAAGACGCUCAACAUCAUGAGAAUGGCAUCAACUGGAUCAGAACUGCUAUUCGGCAUCUCCAGAUGACGGGGAUUGCGGAGGAGUUUGAUGUCGAUGAGUUCUUGGAUCACGCGCGUGAUCGUGCUAUGGUCGCGAGUCAUGAUGGUCGUCCUUUUACUGUCAACUACACAUCCCGCCCUAUGUAA